UCCUAAAACUGGGAAGAAUUGGUUUUCCGUCACUGUUUCUUUUCUUGGCACCUGCUUCAUUACCUCCGAUCUCUCCUUCUCUCUGCAAACCCUAGACAUGGCUUACACUCUCUCAGGUAUUCAUCUUCCUACUGUCCAUGCAGCUUGUAUUUCCAAUCGAUCGAGCAUCCAUUGCGAACGGAAGAAUGUGAACUUCUCUCUUCUCUUGAGAAAAGAUUCCUCUCCUUGGAAGAUCUUUGCUGGAAAGUCUUCUCAUGAUUCUGAUUCUUCUUCAACGGCUACUGCUACUGAGAAAGUCCUCGUCCCUGAUGGCGAGGCUGAUGUCUCUUCAUCCUCUGCAGAUUUGGUGGAAACUCCGGAAGCUAUUUCAGAAGAUUCCCAGGUAUUCCAAGAAGUAGCUGGUACAUCCAUGGAAGAGGAUAGUAGGAUUCAUGGUGAACAAAAUAAUUUUUCUUCAGAACUUGUCAGUCAUGAUAGUAAGGUUGAUGAUGAACUACAUUCAGUUCCUGUACGAGUAAUGGAAGGUGCCAGUAAGGUUGAGUUUGUGGAAAUGCCUGCUCCUUUCGAAGCCAGGGGAAGUGAUGAAAAGUCUGAGGCCAAACCAAGAUCUCUUCCUCCACCUGGCACUGGCCAGAAAAUAUAUGAAAUUGAUCCUAUGCUGAAUGAUUUUCGAAAUCAUCUUGAUUAUCGCUAUGAGCAUUACAAGAAAAUGCGUGCGUUGAUUGAUAAGCACGAGGGUGGAUUGGAAACAUUUUCUUGUGGGUAUGAAAAGUUCGGAUUCAAUCGAAGUGCCACAGGUGUAACUUAUAGAGAGUGGGCACCUGCAGCUAAGUGGGCAGCAUUGAUAGGAGAUUUUAACAAUUGGAAUCCCAACGCAGAUGUUAUGACCCGGAAUGAAUUUGGUGUCUGGGAGAUCUUUUUGCCCAACAAUGCUGAUGGUUCACCACCAAUUUAUCAUGGCUCUCGAGUAAAGAUUCGUAUGGAUACACCAUCUGGUAUCAAAGACUCAAUUCCUGCCUGGAUCAAGUUCUCUGUACAAGCACCAGGUGAAAUUCCAUACAAUGGCAUAUAUUAUGAUCCUCCAGAAGAGGAAAAGUAUGUUUUUAAACAUCCUCAACCUAAGAGACCUAAAUCACUUCGGAUAUACGAGUCACAUGUUGGAAUGAGUAGCACGGAGCCUAUGAUCAACACAUAUGCCAAUUUUAGAGAUGAUGUACUCCCUCGCAUUAAAAGGCUUGGAUACAACGCGGUUCAGAUUAUGGCCAUUCAAGAGCAUUCAUAUUAUGCAAGCUUUGGGUACCAUGUCACCAACUUUUUUGCCCCUAGUAGCCGUUUUGGAACUCCAGAUGAUCUCAAGUCUUUGAUAGACAAAGCUCAUGAGCUUGGCCUGCUCGUUCUUAUGGAUAUUGUUCACAGCCAUGCAUCAAACAAUGUGCUGGAUGGCUUAAACAUGUUUGAUGGGACCGAUAGUCAUUACUUCCACUCUGGAGCACGAGGUUAUCAUUGGAUGUGGGAUUCUCGCCUUUUCAACUAUGGACACUGGGAAGUGCUGAGAUUUCUUCUUUCAAAUGCAAGAUGGUGGUUAGAAGAAUACAAGUUUGAUGGUUUUAGAUUUGAUGGUGUGACCUCUAUGAUGUACACUCACCAUGGAUUGCAGGUAGCAUUUACUGGAAAUUAUAAUGAAUAUUUUGGGUUGGCAACUGAUGUAGAUGCUGUGGUUUAUAUGAUGCUGGUAAAUGAUCUUAUUCAUGGGCUCUUUCCUGAAGCUGUCACUGUUGGUGAAGAUGUUAGCGGAAUGCCAACAUUCUGUAUUCCUGUCCAAGAUGGUGGCGUAGGAUUUGAUUAUCGUCUGCAUAUGGCCGUUGCUGAUAAAUGGAUUGAAGUUCUCCAGAAAAGGGACGAGGAUUGGAAAAUGGGUGACAUUGUUUACACACUUAACAAUAGAAGAUGGUUGGAAAAAUGUGUUGUUUAUGCUGAAAGUCAUGAUCAAGCUUUAGUUGGUGACAAAACUAUUGCAUUCUGGUUAAUGGACAAGGACAUGUAUGAUUUCAUGGCUUUGGAUAGACCAUCAACUCCUGUGGUAGAUCGUGGAAUAGCACUACACAAAAUGAUCAGGCUAAUCACUAUGGGUUUAGGUGGAGAAGGAUAUUUGAAUUUCAUGGGAAAUGAAUUUGGGCAUCCGGAAUGGAUAGAUUUUCCAAGGGGAGAUCAACAUCUGCCUGAUGGGAGAGUAAUCCCUGGAAAUAAUAAUAGCUAUGAUAAAUGCCGGCGUAGAUUUGAUCUUGGGGAUGCAGAGUAUCUAAGAUAUCAUGGAUUGCAAGAGUUUGAUCAAGCAAUGCAACAUGUAGAAGAGAAAUUUUCUUUCAUGACUUUGGGGCACCAGUAUAUAUCACGGAAAGAUGAAGGAGAUAGGAUGAUUAUUUUUGAGCGAGGAGAUUUAGUUUUUGUUUUUAAUUUUCAUUGGAAUAAUAGUUAUUCAGAUUAUCGGAUCGGUUGCCUAAAGCCAGGAAAGUAUAAGGUGGUCUUGGAUUCAGAUGAUAAACUAUUUGGUGGCUUUGGUAGAAUUGAUCACAGGGCAGAAUAUUUUACCUCGGAUGGAUGGUAUGAUGACCGGCCCAGCUCAUUUUUGGUGUAUGCUCCAUGUAGAACAGCCGUUGUCUAUGCUUUGACGGAGAAUUAAGUUUAAGCAUGAUAGAGGUUUGAUAUAAAGAUUCCUUGUUAUAUAAUAAUGUGACACCCUCUUGGUAUAAUAUUUAAGAAUAUUAUGACCACACAAUAGAUAUGCAAUUGAAGCAUUGCUGUAUCUUUGCCUUGUAGAUUUUGUUCCUAAGUUCAUUGAUCGAGCAUAAGAAGGACAAGUAAGGAGUAACCUCUGUAAAUGGAGUACUACCCGAUAUCAUGCUGUUUAACCUGGAAAAUUGUGGGGAUUCUUCUUGAAUUCUGUAAAUCUUUGAUGUCUAUUCUGCAGAAUAUAAAGGAAAGCCUUUCUGGAAGAUGGUCCUGGUGUCUA